AUUACAAGAGUUUGAAGAAGGCAGCAACUGAAAACCACCACACCCUCGAAGUUGAUGAUGACAAAGAUGAGCAACCCGUUUCUCAAAAUCUUGUCCACCAUUCUUCUUUUGGCUUCUCUCUUCAUCUACAUCCUCGUUGCUCCCUCUUUCUUCGCUUCGCCUCAGCUCUACAAGCACUUGCAUUUGCAAGCACAAGAUUUUGAGUUCUGCCAAAGUAACUACACCAAUCAUUGUCCAUGCCAAGACCCCAUAAGGGCCAGACACUUCCCCAAAGCCAAAUGGUUCCGUAAAGAGCGUCACUGCCCUGAGAGAACUCAAAGGUUGAGGUGCCUCAUUCCAACCCCACCGAACUACCAAACCCCGUUUCCUUGGCCUAAGAGCAAGGACACUGCAUGGUUCAGUAACGUGCCUUUUCCCAAGCUAGUGGAGUAUAAGAAGUCGCAGAAUUGGGUUAGGUUGGAAGGUGACCGUUUUGUGUUUCCAGGAGGUGGCACUUCGUUUACCGAAGGUGUCAAUGCUUAUGUUCAUGCUCUAAACCGUCUUCUUCCUGUGUCUUUGAAAUCCGGGGAUAUCAGAACAGUGCUUGAUGUUGGAUGUGGGGUUGCAAGCUUUGGAGCCUCUCUGACUGACUAUGAUAUCUUGACAAUGUCACUGGCGCCAAGUGAUGAGCAUCAAUCUCAAGUACAGUUUGCCCUAGAAAGGGGACUCCCUGCAAUGCUUGGAGUACUAAGCACUCACAGGCUAACAUUCCCUUCAAGAUCAUUUGAUAUGGUUCAUUGCUCUAGAUGCCUUGUCCCAUGGACUGAUUAUGAUGGACUAUACCUAAGAGAGAUUGACCGGAUUUUGCGUCCUGGUGGAUUUUGGGUACUGUCUGGGCCACCCAUAAAUUGGAGGGUAAACUACGAAGCUUGGGAAACAGAGCCUCAGGUGCUAGAAAAGGAGCAAAACAUUUUGGAAGACCUUGCAAAGCAGCUGUGUUGGGAAAAAGUUGCUGAGAGAGAUCACAUUGCUGUCUGGCAAAAACGCAUAGAUCGCAUCAGCUGCAUGGAAAAGCUUAAGACUUCGAGAUCCCCCAAGUUCUGCAACUCAUCAGAGUCUGACCCUGAUGCUGGAUGGUAUACCAAAAUGACUGCAUGCAUUUUUCCUCUUCCAGAGGUGAAUGAUGUCCACGUAGUAUCUGGUGGCGUUCAUGAGAAAUGGCCUAUGAGGUUGACAACUGUUCCACCAAGGGUUAGAAGUGAAAACAAUGACGGUUUCACACUCAAAGCCUAUAUUAAAGAUAAUCGAACAUGGAAAAGAAGAGUGACCGAUUAUGAGGUCAUGCUAAAAUCCAUUUCUUCUGGUAAAUAUAGAAAUGUUAUGGAUAUGAAUGCUGGCUUUGGAGGAUUUGCAGCUGCAAUGGUGAAAUAUCCUAUUUGGGUUAUGAAUGUUGUUCCCUUUGAUGCAAAAAGCAGCAAUCUUGGCAUCAUCUAUGAACGAGGACUUAUAGGAACUUACAUGGAUUGGUGUGAGCCCUUUUCUACAUACCCACGAACAUAUGACUUGAUACAUGCUAGUGGUAUAUUCAGCAUGUACAUGGACAAGUGUGACAUAAGGGAUAUUGUUUUGGAGAUGCAUCGCAUUGUUCGUCCGAAAGGAGCUGUUAUCAUUAGAGAUGAAAGAGAUGUAAUUGUUAAAGUAAAAGAAAUAACUGAUAAAAUAAGAUGGAAAGGAACAGUAGUAGCUUGUGACCAAGAUGGAACUUUUCAUUCUGAAAUGAUUCUGCUUAUUGAUCUUAACGAUACCGAUUAAAUAUGUAUCUUGUUAAAUGAUUUCUUAGUU